AUGGCGUCUCAGCGAGGUCGGAAAUCUCCCACGAGCAAAGGGACUCAAGCACCUAGCGGCGCUACUUGUGCCGAAUGCCGGCGACUCAAGAUUCGUUGCGAUCGCAAAGUUCCUUGCGGCCAAUGCACGCGACGGAACUGUGCCAGCAUCUGCCCAGAUGGCCAACUUGUGCCAGCUCAUGGUAAUGGCAGUAAUAGAUUACUUGGUCAGGUUCCGGCAAACAUCGAUGCGAUUUCACGCAGACUGGACCUGUUUUCCGAACGUAUCCGAGAACUCGAAGGUGCUUUGCAGGCCGCCCACGCUCGAACGGAGCAAAGCCCGCAUCCAUUGCUAGCUGAUGAUCUAGUACGACUCAGCAAAGAAGCAGAUCAAGAGAUGGAAGAGGAACCGACCUCCAAUGCCGUUGGAACAGAGGAAACGACAACUCUAUCCUUUGGAUCUCUGCUGCCAAACUCCGAGGGUGGAACUCGGUAUCUCGGACCAGGCGCUGCGUCUUCUUGGAUCCUUCAUAAUGAGUUCAAAACGAGUCCGGACUUUGAACAAGCUAUCAGCAUCCCUACCACGCUCCUCUCACCGACCUCUCUAUCACAACUACGCAGUCAAAUCGAAGCCUAUAUUCCAAACGAAGAUGGAUUACGUGGAUUUUGUCAUUCGUACUUCAAAUACUCGCUCUCAUUAUUCCAACCCCUUACGCCGUCAUUCAUGACCCAAUUGAUUUCAACGCCCAUUAGGCAGCUUACAACCUCCCGCCUUGGUCUUUUGCUCAUCGUCAUGGGUCUCGCUGCUCAACUCGACCCUCACAGGCCAGCCAACUGGCUCCAACCGUCGCUUUACUUUACCCUUUCACGUACAUGCCUCGUCCUGGAAGACGUCUCUAUCAAUGUUUCUCUCGAGUUGGUCGAAGUCAUUGGCCUCCAAGCCCUAUUUUUACUUCAUCAUGACGCCACAGCGGUUCCGGAGCGUUCGUGGAUCGCAGUUGGUCAAGCUAUGAAAUACGCUCAAGCUAUGGGACUCCACCGUGAUUCUAAACAUUGGAAGCUAACGGAAGAGAGUGCUCAGAGAAGGAGAAGAACAUUUUACGAGCUCUGGACGUUUGAUAUAUUCCUGAGCGCUCAUCUCGGACGACCACCGUCAUUGAACCGGUUCCAGGUUGAUUGCGAAAUGCCCAUGGAUGACUUGACGUCAUUGGGAGAAAAUCCAUACUUCUACCGCUGGAAACACCAAUUUGGCUCCACCAUCUUGCUCGAGCUCGCAACGACUGCGUUGUCUUCUUCUCAAGUGCCUGGCUAUGCCUUUAUCAUAUCGCUCGACAAGCAACUUCGAGCCACACCACUACCGGAAAAGUUCACUUCAAACCCAUGUAUGGCAGUGGAUACCGACAAUUACCCACAAUUCUCUCUCCGACUGCAAGAGCACGAGGUCCACCUCAUCCAACAAUAUACCCUCAUCAUUCUUCACCGACCCUUCUUUGCUCGAGCACUGCUCGACUCGAAGAAUGAUCUUUUCAAACAUCGGUUCCUUCGCUCGGUGAUGACAGUCCACGACAGCUCUCGGAACAUUGUGCGCCAUAUUCUAUGGCUUGCUCACAACGAGCCAGCAUCUCUUCGGUCUUUGACGCAUUGGCCUCUCUACAUGAUGUGUAGCUUGGUCUCUCUUGGCGCGUUGGUGGUCAAAGAGCCUCUCUGCACUCUUGCUGCCGCGGCAUUUCAAUCGCUAGAGGAGGGUUGCAAUUAUCUUUCAGGUUUGGAUAAAACAUCUCCGGCCACGAAGCAGGUUCUUCAACGACUCUAUACGUCUGCAAAGCGGUCACUCCACCAGGAAGAAGGGCAGGCGUCAUCACCUGGCUAUCAUCCGCACAACGGCAGACUGAGCCUGUCGGUCUCCUCUCAAGCACCCUCCCCUCACAGAAUGGACGGCGUCGUGUUCUCCUCACCAUCGCCAUCCCUUUCCAUCUCCUCUGCAGUAUCUCCAAACUCGGCACACUCUCGAGUUCCUUCUAUCAACACACCACGCGACCUGUCGCAAACGCUACAGACUCCGACCCAAUGGGUCUUUGAUGACACGAUGAGGGUUGAGUCCCAAAACGACCGCGCUGGUCCUCUACACCACACUCUCUACACGAACACGCCACCAUACCGGAGUCCAAUUGCGACUUUCAGUCCCCAAGAGACUGUCCAGAGCGGCUCUUCGCCCACCACGCACAAUAUACCUGGUUUUCAUUCGACGACUCCUUCGGACACUUUUGAUACAUCGGACUUUAGUCUAUACUCUCCGGACACUGCAGGCUGGUACUCACGGACAUUACAUAUCAUCGCCGAGAAAAAGGGUAACCGCCGCAAAACUGGUCCUCGUCGCUCAAACCCAAACUCUGCAAAGGCAAAGCUCGUUGGCAAGGGCGGUAUGCCUGCUGUCCAGGCAAAGCGCCGCGCUGCCGCUACAGCUGCAGUCCCUGCCCCAGCUCCAGUCGCUGCUAGCUCCAACUCGACUUCUACAAAGAUUAUUGUCUCUAACCUUCCUCAAGACGUGACCGAGGCCCAAAUCAAGGAACUCUUUAAUACGACCGUCGGUCCUACCAAGUCUUGCAUCCUCCAGUACAACGCUCAAGGCAAAUCGUCUGGCCAUGCGACGGUCAUCUUCCGCGAGGCGGGCUCUGCCCAAAAGGCAUUUGAUCAGUACAACAACAGACUCAUCGAUGGCAAACGCGCGAUGAGGAUUGAAAUUGUGGUCGACCCCGGCAAGCAGCCUCUUGUCAACCGAGUUGCUGCUCCCAAGCCGGCUGCUCAACCUUCGACUGCCGCUGCUGCAGGAAGUGGAGGCGCUCCCAGAGCUGCCGCUGGUGGUCGUCGUGGACGCGGACGAGGUCGUGGAGGCGCCACUGCAUCGACGAGGCGUCCCAAGAAGACUGCGGAAGAUCUUGACGCGGAGAUGGCUGACUAUACCAAGGGAGGAAAUACGACCGCAACCACGACUGCUUAG